AUGGGAAACCGCACUGUAACAACAUUCAUUCUGCUGGGCCUGACAAGUGACCUUCAGCUGCAGGUUCUGAUUUUUGUCUUUUUCUUUCUCACCUACAUGCUGAGCAUAACUGGGAACCUGGUUAUCAUCUCCCUCAUCUUACUCGAUUCGCAUCUUAAAACAGCCAUGUACUAUUUCCUACAAAAUUUCUCCCUCUUGGAGAUCUCGUUCACAUCUGCUUGCAUCCCCAGAUACCUGUAUAGCAUAGCCACAGGGGACAAGCUCAUGACCUACAAUGCCUGUGUCAGCCAAGUGUUUUUUACCGACCUCUUCGGUGUAACGGAAUUUUUCCUCCUGGCGGCCAUGUCCUAUGACCGCUACGUGGCCAUCUGCAAGCCCCUGCACUAUGUGACCAUCAUGAGCAGCACAGUCUGCAGGAGACUUGUCUUCUGCUGUUGGGUGGCUGGUCUGUUCAUUAUCAUCCCCCCGCUGAGUCUGGGCCUAAAUCUGGAAUUCUGUGAUUCUAAUGUCAUUGAUCAUUUUAUCUGCGAUGCAGCUCCCCUCCUGAAAAUUUCUUGUUCAAAUACUUGGUACAUGGAACAGACUGUCAUGAUUUGCGCUGUGCUGACCCUUCUAAUGACACUCGUGUGUGUGGUACUGUCCUACAUUUAUAUCAUCAAGACCAUUUUGAGAUUCCCUUCUGUUCAGCAGAGGAAAAAGGCCUUUUCCACCUGUCUUUCCCACAUGAUUGUGGUCUCCAUCAGCUAUGGCAGCUGCAUCUUCAUCUACAUCAAACCUUCAGCAAAGGAGUCAGUGGCUAUUAACAAGGGUGUGACAGUGCUCACUACUUCCAUCGCCCCACUGCUCAACCCUGUCAUUUACACCUUGAGAAACAAGCAAGUCAAACAAGCCUUCAAUAACUCAGUCAAAAGAAUUGUGAUAUUUUCUAAGAAAUAA